CUAUAUAAAAGCCCGCGCGCGCCUCCUCCCUCUUCAAUCCAAGCAACAACGAGCGAGCCUUCCAUCCACUCGUCCAGAGCAAGCGAGCUCAGCUAGCUUCCUAGCUCAGCAGCAGCAGCAUUCCAGCAGCUCCGGCUAGCUCGGCCACUCGCUCCCGAUCGGUCGACGCAUAGGUAGAUUGUCGUCAGACAAUCCAACAGAGAGAAGAUCGAGUAGGAAGAUCCAAACUUUUUUUGGUAGGAACUAGCUAACAACAACUAACAGAGAUCAGAAGAGAAAAGCAAGGCUCGGCUCGGCAGAUAAUUAAUACAUAAUGGAGAAGAUGAACAUGGUGGCGAGCAGGAAGCCCGGCGACUGGAGCUGCCGGUCGUGCCAGUACGUCAACUUCUGCAAGCGCGAGGCGUGCCAGCGCUGCGGCGAGGCCAAGCUGGGCGGCGAGCGGACGGACUACGCCGCGCUGGGCGGCGACUGGGACGUCAAGCCCGGCGACUGGUACUGCUGCCGCUGCGGCGUCCACAACUACGCCUCCCGCGGCAGCUGCUUCAAGUGCUCCGCCUCCAAGAACGAGGCCGCCGCCGCCGUCGCCCAGGGCUGGGGGUUCACCGUCGCCGGCCAGGCCGGGAUGAUGCCCGGCGACUGGAUCUGCCCAAGACUGGGUUGCAACGUGCAGAACUACGCCAACCGAACCGAGUGCUUCAGGUGCAAUAUGCCCAGAUCAUACUACGGUUGAUUGAGCAACUACACAGCAGAGAAAAGAAGAAAAAGAAAAAAAAUUGUACGAGAUUGAAGAGCAAUUUGAUGAUCGUCAACGAUCGCCGCAUCACGAGGACAUUUUUCCUUUCUUUCUUUUUUUUUUCUUUUGAAUGAGUAUAAGUGACCCUCGAUCGACAACUCGAGAAGGGUUAGUCAUUUGGAAGAGCAGCAACUGAAGCUAAAAAGGAGAGGAGGAUAUGUGAAAGUAAUUAGAAAAAGGAGUGUGACAGAUGCCAACAGUCAGUAGUCUUCUUUGUCCCGUCCUUUUUUCCAAUAAAAGCCGAGGUUAAUAAAGAAAGGGAAGAAAAAAAUGCGAGUUCCGAUCCCUUGAUCGAUUUGUCCCCCAA